CUCAGUGUUACCAUCAACGAACAAGUCACAAUCAACUGUUUUUAUAGUAAAAUUGUCUAUUGAGAUUUCAGGGCAUGAAAAUGGCAACGACUACAGAAGCGCACCAUGAAGGGGCCGCCCUAAUUACCAACGGUGGCAACAGCAAUGUUAGCGAAAUUGAAACACUUCAACGCGAAUAUGAAUGGCUACUGAAAUUCGAGGUGAACGAUAUCGUUGAACAGCUUCAAGGAGUUAUCGCCGAAUGCUCGAAGCGAUUUCCUCUAUCGAUCCCCGGUCACCACCAGACUGAAGCUCGCUCUGAUAAAUUCAUAAUGCAGAAUACCAUCGCUACGUCAGCCGACCAGAGCAAAGUUGUGGCAACUCUGACAGGGGACUCAAUUAGCCAUGCCGACAUUAGUCUACGCUUACCAAAACACUCACAACCCAGCCAAAGAACAAUUGUGCAAAAUGACGCUCAAUGGAAGCUGCAGCAAAUUCAAGAUGCUGGUAAUCAUCUCAUGCAGGCUAUGAAUCUUCUCAAUCCGAACCGGGUGGGCGGACGAUUCAAGUUUACGUCUGGACAGGAAGUUCGCAACCUUAUGUCAGACGUGAUGACGUGCGUAGGCCGUGGGAGAGCCUGUCUGGUAGUACCUAAAAAGAGGACAAUAGAGGAGAUCAUGCAGAGCAGAAAUAUGAAAUCGCUUCAACCACCGCUCCCGAACGAUGUUGCCGUGAGCUUCUACAUCCAGAGUUACAAGCUCGUUUUUGCUGUUUAUCAUGUCCAGAAAGAUCCCCACGGCCAGCAAAAAUUCGAUGUUCUACAGGCGGAAUGCUCUGUUCCUUGGUUGAGCGAAGUGCUAGUACUGUUCACUGUCGCACUGCAACUUUGUCAACAACUUAAGGACAAGGUGGAAGUGUUCAACCAAUACAACGACUUCACUGUUCCCGACAAAAUCUAAAUGUCAACAUGCAAAGAAUAGGUCCCCCGUCCAGUAAACGCUACGCCCCGAACCAUAAGAUAACGCGAAAACACUGUAGAACAGCACGAAAUUCCCUGACUCAUGUCGCAUUAGAAUGCACUGUGUCAUCACUAGCAUCACCGUCACAGGACCGCUCAGAUGAGCCGAACAGCCUGAUUUGGUCAUAAGUAACACCCUUCAAGUCGAUGUCGUGUGAUGGGAGACAGUCUAUUGAUCUUGCAUUUAGUAUUUGACUGAUGCUAGUAGGGCAGGAGGCAUUAGAGCUCCUAGUAAUAGUAUGACCCUGCAGAACUUGUUUUUGAUCCGUUUUUUAAUGUGUUUAUAAGUUAUUUAUUUCGCUGUCGUUACCAUGGGUAUACUUCGUGCCAGAUUACUAAUGUAUUUGACGUAUGCUCUAUUCUAUUCCAUAAUUAUGAUAAUCAGGCGAGCGUGAACAAUGCAUUCAAAAACUGACUGUCCAUCCAACACUUCGGUCGGUUCUAUUUAUUGUUAUGGAUAUCGUUAUAACUAGAGUCGGUUUGUACUCAUUAACAGUAGAUGUAUCAUAUAAUGAUAUUCUCAAGCUCAUUUUUUUCAAAAAAUACCCUAAACAGAUACCUUAAUAUUGGGCGAAAAAGAUAUGAAAUGACACGUGGUCAGCGAAACAAAGUUUAAAUUAUUAAUAACAAUAAACUGAUCGAGUCCUCACACAGUCGACAUUCCUUAGUUUUUAGUGACUGUGAGUGCAACUUUAUUACAAGCGAUUUAGUCAUGGUAAACACCUCACGACGUAUUAUGUACUCACUAUAUACUACUUGAAAGUGUUUAACAAAAUAAGAAAAGUAACAAAAUAACUCUAAGAAGGAUUUCAUAAAAUUACAACAGAAAGUAGUCAAAUGGAUGAGAUUGCAUAAACUUAAUUGAAUGUUAUAGUAAGGUCUGAAGUAGAGCAUAAAUAUUGAUUAAACGAAAGUAUCACGCUAUUGUAUAGAAAAAAUUUGCACGGAACAUCUCGCAUCCUAUUGUUGCAACUUUGUUGCAAAAAGGGUUACCUACAUUUCUGAUUGCGAUAAUUACUAUAGUCAAUUGAAUAAGUAAUUGGUGUGUGUCUGUAUUACGUUUAUCGACGAUGUAGAGAUUUAAUGUUCUAAUAAAAUGUCCUCAACCGUUAGGUAAUGUCUAACAUUGAAUUGACCAAUAGAUUGUUCUUACUUAGUAGAUUAAAUCUGAGGAAAUCUAAGAGACAGAAAAAUCAUGAUCAAUCAAAACAAAAAAAAAUGAAGAUACUAUCAGAGGUCAUUUUAUUGCAAUCAAACAUUACAAUACAAGACUUUAGAGCGCCUAUCGUGUCUCAUAAAUACCGUCUCAUAAGAAUAAAUAGCAAUUUGCAUGCA